AUGGCAGUAACAAAGAUUGGUAUUAAUGGAUUCGGACGUAUAGGACGUUUAGUUUUUAGAGCUGCAUAUGACAGGACUGAUAUUGAAGUUGUAGCGAUUAAUGACCCAUUUAUGGAUAUCAAACAUUUAUGCUACCUACUAGCGUACGACUCAGUUCAUGGUAAGUUCCCAUGUGAAGUUACACCAGGUGAUGGAAAGAUUAUUGUAGGUAAUAAAACAAUUAAUAUACAUAAUGAGAAGGAGCCAUCUCAGAUACCAUGGGGAAAAUACGGAAUUGAUGUUGUUUGUGAGUCAACUGGUGUGUUUUUAACAAAGGAAUUAUCAAGUGCACAUCUUAAAGGAGGAGCAAAGAAAGUUAUAAUGUCUGCACCACCAAAAGAUGAUACGCCAAUAUAUGUUAUGGGUAUUAAUCAUGAUAAAUAUGAUGGAAAACAACUUAUUGUUUCGAACGCAUCAUGUACCACAAAUUGUUUAGCACCUAUUGCCAAGGUACUUAAUGACAAAUUCGGUAUUAUUGAAGGUCUAAUGACAACUGUACAUGCAUCAACAGCCAACCAAUUAGUAGUUGAUGGACCAUCCAAAGGAGGUAAAGACUGGAGAGCUGGAAGGUGUGCAUUACUAAACAUUAUUCCAGCUUCUACUGGUGCAGCAAAAGCAGUUGGAAAAGUUCUUCCAGAAUUAAAUGGAAAAUUAACAGGUGUUGCUUUUAGAGUUCCAAUUGGUACCGUAUCAGUUGUUGAUUUAGUAUGUAGAUUACAAAAACCAGCCAAGUAUGAAGAAGUUGCUGCAGAACUUAAAAAAGCAUCUGAAGGUCCACUUAAAGGAAUUUUAGGUUAUACUGAUCAUGAAGUUGUAUCUCAAGAUUUUGUACAUGACAGCAGGUCAUCAAUCUUUGAUUUGAAAGCUGGUUUAGCAUUAAAUGACAAUUUCUUUAAAAUUGUCUCAUGGUAUGAUAACGAAUGGGGAUACUCAAAUCGUGUUCUGGAUUUGGCCGUCCACAUAUCCAAACAUUAA